AUGCCCGCCAUAUCCCAGUCGCGCGUCGUUACUACAGGACUCCGACAUCAGCGCAGCACAUCUUCGGAGACCACGUCGACGAGCUCUUGGAGCACAGAAGCAUAUACGACAGCAGACAGUCAUGGCAAAGCGGAGUUUCCCCUUGGACGCCCAGGAUCUGACGACCGUGCGACUGGUCAUAUUGAAGCACCGCUGCCCUUCUCUGGAGGGGCCGUCUUCAACCCAAUCCGUAGCAACACCGCUCGCUCUGGGUACCGCUCCACCUUCGCCAGCGGAAACAACCUUGAGGCCUUCAGGCUCCCCAGGGGUGCGAUCCUGAACCCUGUCUGGAUCGCUAUGCCCGAAGUUGGAUUGGGAAACAUCUCCGGGGGCCGCGCAGACCUCGAGCCAUUUAGGCCGAGCCUCGCUAAUCCGUCAUGGCUCGAGUACGUCGGCGAACAGAAGCAGGUUACCAGAGUCCUGUGGCAGUCUCCUCCGGUGCCCGAUCGCGAAGUGUCCGAAGAUUUCGUCUGCACUGCCGCGCUCCGUAGUUACGACUACCUCCACAUCGAGAAGCCGACGCUGAAUGUCGAGAAGUUGGCACAGGAUAUGGGCCCAUCGGAGGAGGCGAAGGCGCUGUGGCGGGAGGCUGAGAAGAUGGUCGGCAGUGCUGGCGAGGAUCCGUUGCUGAAGAAACCCCGUACGGAUGACGCCCCGAGUGUGUUGCUCGCACCGGCGCACGAAGAUGCGUCAGACGAGAGAGCCGAGAGCACCUUGCCCACUGGCAUCAAGACGCCAUCGGAUGUAGACCCAGGACUGGUCGGAUUACGCGAGUAA